AUGGCCGACGCGCCAGAAGCUCCCGAAACCCUCGAAACCCUUCAAGCCCGCCAUCGCAAAGAACAGCGCGACCUCAUCUCCCGCAUUACGCAAAAGAAGAAGCAAGCCUCCAAGAAAACGCGGAAAGGUGUGAACGAUGAAUGCGAGCGGUUAGAGCAAGACCUGAAAGAGCGACAAGCGCGCGAGGUUGGAAUACUCAGCGGCGAGAGUCUAGACGUGGAACCUACAAUCGAGGAAGAUGAGGUCGAGGCAGACGAGGGGCAGGCGGGGCAAGCCAAUAGGGUAGCGAAAGCGGUGGAAAAUCUUUCGUUAGAUCCGAAUAAAUCAGCAGAGAAUACGCCCGAGCAGAAUGAGCCUAAGAAAAAGAAAAAUCGUGCGAAGGAACGCCUUGCACGCCGCGCUGCAGAACACGAUGCGCUCGUUGCACAAGCGAAAGAGGAGGCUGCUAAUAUGCCUGACCUACGCGAACAGGAGCGUACGCGGAUGGAACAACACUUUGGUAAACACGGGGUUGAGGUUAAAGAGAUACGCGCGGACGGGCAUUGUUUGUAUGCUGCUGUCGCGGAUCAGAUGGAGACACGGGGUUUAGGACUCAACCCGAAGAUACAGGUCAAGACCCAGGAGGAGCCCAAGUUACCAGAUUACAAGAGGGUUCGAUACGCUGCGGCAGACCUCAUAGAGAGCAAACCCGACGAUUUUGUAGGCUUUAUGGAGGAGCCGCUGGAAGUGUACCUUCAGAAAAUACGGGAGACUGGUGAAUGGGGUGGACAUAUGGAGCUUAUGGCAUUGGCGAAAUCAUACGGCAUUAAGAUCAACGUUCUGCACAGCGACGGCCGGGUGGACAAGGUCGAGCCUGGAGACGACCUGAAAGACGAAGAUACGAAGGAGAUCUGGCUGGGAUACUACCGUCACAGCCACGGUUUGGGCGAGCAUUACAACUCUUUGCGCAAAGUCUCGUGA